AAAAUGAGUACGGUGCGCAUUGCAGCUGCUGCUCGACGAUCAUGUCUGCCGGCAACGAGGACUUCAACAUCAACAGGGAGGGCAUGUGCAUGGUACGGGGAUGAUAUAUCUCUGGGGCCUCUUGUUGUCUCGAGAGGAAUAUCGAACUCACGGAGUGCCAAGAAGGCUGCUGCCACUGCUGCUGCUGGUCCUUCACGAUUAGCUGCGACCCCAGCCCUUGCAUCAAGUUCCUCUUCCUCCUCUUCUUCAAUAGUGUCAACGACAGCAACAAGAACAAAUGACCCCUCCAGCAGGCGUGGGACUUUUUCUGGCGCGGAGCCCACCAACAGCAUAGAGGCAGCAGCAACAACAACAACAACAGGAACUAGAGCCAGAACGCCUUUACCAUCACUUUCUCGUCCAUUGGGCGUGAAGCAGAGGCCGAGUGCACAUACAAACACGUGGGAGGAAUUGAGGGAAGAUAUGAUGGAUCAGUCCAAGAGGAUGGACCAGCGACGAGUUCUAAUUCAGCAAGCAACUCAGGGUUAUUUUAAUGAUUAUCAUCGGUUAGGAGAUCGACAAGGGAAGUCGUGGAUUGGACCUAAGACGCUCAUUAAAUCGGAGCAAGCCUUAUAUUUCCCUAACAUGGAGGGGACUAGGCUAACACCCAAAGAGCCUGUUCAUACUACGUCGGUACUCGAAGGGAAGGUUUCUCUCGUUGCGAUGUUAUCUACACAAGCUUCCCAGGAACAUGUCGAGUCGUUCGCAAUACGGACAAUCAGCGAGAACAAGGACAAUCCUCACUUCCAAUAUGUUCAGAUCAACCUUCAAGAAAAUCCCCUUAAAUCAUUCAUCAUCGCCUUAGCAGCCCGUUCCCUCCGUAAGCAAAUUCCCGAGCAUCUUCAAUCGACCUACAUUCUUUCCCAUCAAAACAUGGAGCUCUUUCGAGAACCGAUGGGGAUGGAGAACAGACAUGUUGGGUAUGUGUAUCUUGUGGACCAAGACGGGAAGAUUAGGUGGGCCGGGUGCAGUCAUGCUAAUCCGGAAGAAAUCCAGGCUUUGGCUGUUUGUACGGAUGUUUUGUUGAAGAGGGCGGUAAGAUCAGAAGGAGUGGGGAAAUGAAGGGGGUGAGGGAAUUGCGUUUCUUUGGUUCGUGCACCAACCCGAAAACGCAUUUUAUUACGAGUGGGACACCCCCAUACUCGUCUUUUUUGUACGUACCGGGGCCUCCCAAGUGGAUCGCUGUCCUCCCGUUCGCGUUGUUGAAAAAACUUCGAAUCGUUGACCACUUGAG